UUGAUUUGAUUGGCCCAUCAGUGUUCCUUUGGAACAGAGUCCGACAAGAAACACGUACAUGUCGUGAUUUCGGACCGCUAGCCGAUGAGCAUCACAUCCUCGCGCUGCUGUAACAGUCAUGUCAUUUCCACAGGAUCGUGGGGGUCCGCGGGGAGGGAUGCCCCCAGGCCAGCACGGCACCCCUCAGAACUACCGUCCCAGCAACCUGAGGCCACCGGCCCCGCAGCCUCCGGCGCCGGCGUACCAUUACGAUCCACAGACCCCGCCUGGUUCAGGUUACCACGGCAGCGCAGGCUUCAUGCCCCCACACCCUGACUUUAUGCAGUACCCUCCUCCAGCUCCAUCCCAGACCCCCAUUCCUCCAAAUCAGUGCCCGUUGCGCCCACCUUUUCCGAAGCCCCCUCCUCGGCACGGCUUUCCUGAACCUCCACCAAAUUUUCCACCUCCCCCUCUACCCAGCUCAGCAGCAGGUCAGACUCCAGGCUCCCAGGUCUCUGCACAGAGCCCCUAUCACCCCUACAUGAUGCCACCUGUGCCCCCACCUCCAUUACCUCAUCCAGCCAUGCCUCCACCCAUGGCCUCUCAGUCUAUGGCCUACCACCCUCCAUACCCUAUGAACUACCCUCCCCACCCUCCUUUUCCCCCUCCCCCUUUUGGCCCCAGCUACCCUCAGAAUGCUGGCCCCUUUCAGCCAGACCACAGCGUCAGACACGGGGGGCCAUACUCGUACGAGAAGCCAGUGGACAGCAGGAGGUCUCCAGAAAGAGGGUACCGCCAUGAUGACCACAGGCAGAAGGGCUACGGCUACAGCGACAGGCACAAAAUGGAGUUUAGCGGAGAGAGGAAGGAGCGUGGGAGGAGUCCGGAUAGACGUGGACGGGCGGAAGGGGGACGUUAUAAAGGAGAUUACGAUAGAGCGAGGAGUCCCCCCCGACACAGGAGCAGGGAGAGAAGCAGGGAGAGGUACCGCCACAGAGAGGUCCGGAGAUCCCAGUCACCUGAUAGAUACAGGAAGAGGCCUCGGAGUCGCUCAUCCAGCAGAGACAGGAAGCGAGGUCGCUGGGAGGACGAGAAGGAGCGGAGGGCCGACAGCUCCUCCGGGCCGAGCAGGGAGCGAAGCUACUCCUCCCUCCGAAGCCGGGACUCCGAAGACUCUUUCGGGGAGCGAGAGAGACAGCGGGAGAGAGAGAAGGACAGGGGGGAGGAGGAGGAGGACGAGCUGCUGAAACCCGCCUGGAUCCGCUGCACUCACGCCGAGAGCUACUACUCCAACGACCCCAUGGACCAAGUGGGCGACUCCACAGUUGUCGGCACAAGUAAGCUACGCAGUUUGUACGAGCGCUUCGAGGAAGAGCUCGGAAGGAGGCAGGAGCGAGCCAAAGCCACUCGACCCAAAUGGGAGCCGCCCAAGACCAAACUGGAUGAGGAUCCCGACGACAGCAGCAGUGAGUCAGACUGCGAAUCCGACGGCGAAGGAAGCAGCUGCUCCAGCAGCUCUGACUCUGAUGUUUUUGACGUCAUCGCUGAGAUCAAAAGGAAGAAAGCUCAUCCUGACCGCCUGCACGAGGAGCUGUGGUACAACGACCCUGGACAGAUGAAUGAUGGCCCCCUGUGUAAGUGCAGUGCCAAGGCCAGACGUACAGGGAUCCGCCACAGCAUCUACCCGGGAGAGGAGCCUGUGAAGCAGUGCCGUCCGAUGAACAACAACGCAGGGAAGCUUUUCCACUACAGGAUCACCGUCUCUCCUCCCACAAACUUCCUGACCGACAGGCCCACUGUGAUAGAGUACGAUGACCAUGAGUACCUGUUUGAGGGCUUCUCUCUGUUCUCCCACACUCCUCUCACUGAUAUCCCAUUGUGCCGAGUGAUCCGCUUCAACAUAGAUUACACCAUUCACUUCAUAGAGGAGAUGACACCGGAGAACUACUGUGUCCGAGGGUUGGAGCUGUUUGCCUCCUACUUGUUUCGGGACAUCCUGGAGCUGUAUGACUGGAACCUAACAGGUCCUGAUUUGGACUCUGAGCCAUCUGGAUGUCAGCGCUUCCAUUUCAUGCCUCGUUUUGUCAGAUUCUUACCAGAUGGUGGGAAGGAGGUUCUGUCGAUGCACCAGGUGCUGCUGUACCUCCUGCGCAGCAGCAAGCCUCUGGUCCCUGAGGAGGAGAUCGCAGACAUGCUGCAGUGGGAGCAGCUGGACUGGCAGAAGUACGCAGAGGAAUGCAAGGGGAUGAUCGUCACCAACCCCGGCAUGAAACCCAGCUCUGUGCGCAUCGACCAACUGGACAGGGAGCAGUUCAACCCUGACGUCAUCACCUUCCCCAUCAUCGUUCACUUCGGCAUCCGGCCCGCUCAGCUCAGCUACGCAGGAGACCCCCAGUACCAGAAGCUGUGGAAGAGUUAUGUGAAGCUGCGCCACCUGCUGGCCAACAGCCCAAAGGUCAAGCAGAUCGACAAGCAGAAGCUGACACAGAGAGAGGAAGCUCUUCAGAAGAUCCGGCAGAAGAACACAAUGCGCCGUGAGGUGACGGUGGAGCUCAGCAGCCAAGGGUUCUGGAAAACCGGCAUCCGUUCCGACGUCUGUCAGCACGCCAUGAUGCUCCCGGUUCUCACCCAUCACAUCCGAUACCACCAGUGCCUGAUGCACCUGGACAAGCUCAUCGGCUAUGUCUUCAAGGACCGCUGCCUCCUGCAGCUUGCAAUGACUCACCCAAGUCACCACCUCAACUUUGGCAUGAAUCCUGAUCAUGCUCGCAACUCGCUCUCCAACUGUGGCAUCCGCCAGCCCAAAUAUGGCGACAGGAAGGUCCACCACAUGUACAUGAGGAAAAAAGGAAUCAACACAUUGAUUAACAUCAUGUCCCGUCUGGGGCAGGAUGACCCCUCUCCCUCCAGGAUCAAUCACAACGAGCGACUGGAGUUCCUGGGCGACGCUGUUGUGGAGUUCCUCACCAGUGUCCACCUCUAUUACCUGUUCCCCAGUUUGGAGGAGGGCGGCCUGGCCACCUACAGGACGGCCAUCGUUCAGAACCAGCACUUAGCCAUGCUGGCCAAGAAGCUGGAGUUGGAUCGCUUCAUGCUCUACGCCCACGGACCCGACCUGUGCCGGGAGUCGGACCUUCGACACGCCAUGGCCAACUGCUUUGAGGCGCUUAUUGGGGCUGUGUAUCUAGAAGGAGGCUUGGAGGAAGCCCGGAAGCUCUUUGGCAGACUGCUCUUCAACACUGAGGACCUGCAGGAGGUCUGGCUCCACUACCCACCGCACCCCCUGCAGGUGCAGGAACCUCAGAGUGAUCGGCAGCUGAUUGAAACGUCUCCCGUUCUUCAGAAACUGACCAGCUUUGAGGAUUCCAUUGGGGUUUUGUUCACACAUGUUCGCCUGUUAGCCAGAGCAUUUACCUUGAGGACUGUCGGCUUCAACCACCUCACCCUAGGCCACAACCAGAGGAUGGAGUUCCUCGGAGACUCCAUCAUGCAGCUGGUAGCCACAGAAUAUCUCUUCAUCCACUUCCCUGACCACCAUGAAGGACACUUAACUCUUCUCCGGAGCUCGUUGGUGAACAACCGAACCCAGGCUAAGGUGGCGGAAGAGCUGGGCAUGCAGGAGUAUGCCAUCACCAACGACAAAACCAAGCGGCCCGUAGCGCUGCGCACAAAGACUCUGGCCGACCUGUUGGAGUCUUUCAUCGCAGCUCUCUACAUCGACAAAGACCUGGAGUACGUUCACACCUUCAUGAACGUCUGCUUUUUCCCUCGGCUGAAGGAGUUUAUUUUGAACCAGGACUGGAACGACCCCAAAUCUCAGCUGCAGCAGUGCUGUUUGACCCUGAGAACAGAGGGCAAGGAGCCCGAUAUCCCGCUGUACAAGACCUUGCAGACUGUGGGGCCGUCACACGCCCGGACGUACACGGUCGCUGUCUAUUUCAAAGGGGAGCGGAUCGGCUGCGGCAAAGGCCCAAGCAUCCAACAAGCUGAAAUGGGAGCUGCGAUGGAUGCGCUUGAGAAAUAUAACUUCCCACAGAUGGCUCAUCAGAAGCGCUUCAUUGAGCGGAAAUACCGUCAGGAGCUGAAGGAGAUGAGACGGGAGCGAGAGCGUCAGGAAAAGGAGACCGACGAGGCGGCGGAGGGCAGGAAGUGACGACGCCUCGUUUGGUGGAUCAAGGAGCAGAAAAGUGGCAGCAGUUCAAGGGAGAGUUAGUGAAGACGCGGUACUGCAGGUACUGAGAUGCUGUUAGGAGUCAGAGAGAGAGAUGUCAUGUUUGACUCUUCAACUGUCGCCUUCUUGUUUUCUAAAACUAUGGUUGGAAAGUACUUUUCAGAAAUGUGUUACAGAAACAAACCAACAAUAAGAAAUAAAGUUUUCAUAAAAUUGAAUAUGAGAUGUUAAAUAAAUAAAGUUUUAAAAUGAAUCACCA